CUACUAUGGCUUGUGGCGGAAAAGCCGACUAGAUUAAGUGAACGCCAAAAGUGGACCCCUGAACCUCUGGGGGAUCCAUCUGGCAUUCACUCUACGUAUCUACCAUUGAGCAGGAGUCCCGUCUGCAUUCAGCCUCAUCCUCAAACAGCUUUCUGCCUGGCCUCGGUUGCGCACGUUGCUUGCUCUCCCCCCGAGCGCACAUCGCCACGACACUCUCCAUGUGGACAUGAUAACGUGGCGUCGAACCCACCUUCCAUAUAUCCCAUGGCGUCCACAUACGCUCUCCCUCUCAAUCCUGCCACCGAGACGCACAGCCAUGCCCGCUCCCAGUCCCAGUACUCGUCAGACUCCUCCGCUGCACCUUGGCCCGCCCCAAUGGUGGACGACUCUUCGCCCCUGAGACACAACGUCGCUGCGAGCGGCCACCGACACUACCACUCAGACCUGGACGGCCAGUCACAUACACAAAGCCUAUCGCCUUACGCCCAUGCCCACAAUCAUUCGCAACACCAACACUCCCACUCGCAUUCGAGGUCUACCGAGUCCACCUACGCUCUGAAGCCCUUCAUGGCUGCCCGAUCCAAGGGACGACCGCGCGGGGAAUCUGACCUAGGAAGGCCAAUGCCGCGGAAGUCUGCUCACCCGGCCUUUUCCCCAAUUCAAGAGGCGCCGCCUCAAGUACAGUCUUCAUCGUGGGACCAGUUACCAGAGGCCCUUACCGCCCUGCUCAUACCUUUGCCCUACCUCUUCGCCUCUUUAGCAUAUCCGAGCGUAGUUGCUCAAGCGCGAACAUCUCCCACGUCUCCAAUGGACACCGAUUCCGACAUGAACAAAGUAACCCCCCAGAACCACCACUCUGGGGGUCAGCUGCUCCACGCAUGCACAUUGUCAGCAACGACCUUAUUGCUCGUUGGUUUUGUUGCCAAGAUACGAUCGUCAUUGGAAGACCCUUUGGAUAGGCGGAAACAAGUGGCUAAAGCGGAGAACUCAGGGCAAGGGGCAGCUGAUGGACUCUUUGAUAUCAAAUCGCUUUGGGGCAUGGCACUCAACACACUCGGCGUCCUGUUGCCCUUCUAUGCGUCUAUGCAAUUAGGUGGUGCGAAAGCAUCCUUGAUCUUAUUAGUGGCAGCUACUGCAGGCCUAGGGGGCUUCAGUCAAGGAUCGGGUAACAGCGCUUUUGAGGAUAUCAGGACGACUUUUCAAAUUCGACAAGGGACGUGGGCCUCGAUCGUGCUUAUUGCUAUCGGUGAUACCUUCGCGUCUAUCGAUACCAUUGGAACACUUUUCGGUUAUGGCGCCCUGGCCAUGUCAGUGACGACCAUCCCACUCCCCCUCCCAACCCAUGGCUGGGUCUUGAUGGCAGCCCCGAAAGCCCAGAACGGAUGGAACACGCAAAAUUCUGCCAAGGCAUCACUGCCAUACCCAUCUUCUCCUCUCCUUCACACCUCAAUCGACACCACGUUGACCCUUCUAUCCGGCCUCGUGCUCACUUUCCUAUCCGUUCUUUAUUCCAGUUUUGCCGCAUCUUCUCCUUCUUUGUCACAUUUUUCCAUACUAUUUUCUACCUUGUCAGUUGCAUCGGCCACGGCACUUGUGUUUAUAUCACUUCCUUCAGCAUUACGCAGCAAAAGCAAGAGUGGCUUAGCUGUAGGCAGUCUCUUGAUCACAGCAUGUGGAGUUUGGGAACAUGCGGAGUCGUGGCAGCCGUGGUGUUUCUUUCCUUUAGCAUGUGCCUUUGUUUUUGGAGCAGUUACUCUCGACACUCGCCAUUCAUCAUCUCACCCAUCAUCGCAUGGACAUGCUCACGACGGUCACUCACAUACACAUGACCACGGCCAUCAUCUUCACGGAAACCAUUCUAGCUUAUCAAAGUUUCUGAUUGCGCGAUGCACACCAGGCUCGAUUCUGCACAGCAUAUUGAUUGAGAAGGACUCCCGUCGCAUAGCUUACUUCGGAGUACUCAAUCUAGCGUUCAUGCUUGUUCAAUUCUUCUAUGGAUUUGUUACAGGAUCUUUGGGUUUGUUGACUGAUAGCAUUCAUAUGCUAUUCGAUUGUGCAGGUCUUGCAGUCGGCCUCGCUGCAGCAGUCAUGAGCAAAUGGCGACCUAACGUUCGAUUCCCAUAUGGCUAUGGGAAGGUCGAUACACUGUCUGGGUUUGCCAAUGGCGUUUUCUUGCUGCUUGUCAGCGUUGAGAUCAUUUUCGAUGCUUUUGAAAGGCUUUGGGAAGGGCAAGAGUUGAACAGACUCAAUGAGCUUCUUAUCGUCAGCAUCCUUGGUUUUGUGGUCAAUAUUGUUGGGCUUACGGCUUUUGGACAUGCUCACCACGGACAUGGCCACUCCCAUGAUCAUGACCAUGGCGAUCAUGACCAUGGACAUUCGCAUGGGCACUCUCAUGAUAACGAGAAUAUGCAAGGCAUCUUCCUUCACAUCCUCGCCGAUGCACUAGGAUCCGUAGCUGUCAUCAUCUCGACCCUUCUUACCAAGUACUACGGUUGGUCUGGUUGGGACCCAAUUGCGUCAUGCAUCAUCGCAAUACUGAUCUUCUUUUCUGCCAUACCUCUUGUCAAAAGCGCCGGCAUGCGUCUCAUGCUUUCACUGCCCGCCGAUGUGGAGUACGGGCUCCGGAAUACGCUCCAGGAGCUCAGCUCGCUUCGCGGCGUAGUAGGCUAUGCUGUACCUAAAUUCUGGCUCGAGGAUGAGGGCGCCGCCCACGCUGAAGUGCAUGCCAAAGAGCAUGACAAGUGCGAUCACGGCCACUCACACGAUCACUCACAUGAUCACUCGCACGAUCAUUCGCAUGGUCACUCCCAUGAUCACACACAUGCACACUCUCAUUCGCUUCAUAGCCAUUCUCAUUCUCUGGAGCACAGCCAUGAAGGACAUACUCAUGGACAUUCCGACCAUGAUCAUGACCACGAUCACAGUCAUGGCCACGGUCAUGCGAAAGGACAACCCAAGAUAUUAGGUGUUAUUCAUAUAAUCGCUUCUCGGGUGGCUGAUCUGGAAGAUGUUCGAGAAAGGUCUACUCAAUUUCUCAAAGGCCGAGGCCUGGAUGUAGUUGUACAUGUAGAGAAGGAAGGUGAAGGCCAUUGCUGGUGUGGCGGCAGUGGAAUCAAGACAAGCUGA